UCUCCCCCCUUUUUUCCUUUUCCCAGAUAAGCUGCUCCGGGAAACAAAGAACUCGGGCUCUCCGGACAGCAGCGCUCGAACCGAGCGCUCUACCAGCGGCUCCUCGUUCCGGGGACCAAGGCUCCCCGGCUCUGCAUCCCUCCCCAGCCUCCCCCGCCUCCCGCGCUCGCUCGCUCGCUCGCUCCCUCCCCGCUCGCUUCCUCCCCCACCAUCGCAGCGCUGGGAGGAAGGCGGCUGGGGCUCAAGAUGGCUUUAGCCCUGCUCUGCGCCCUGCUCGCCUGCUGCUGGGGGCCGGCGGCGGUGCUGGCCACAGCCGCCGGCGACGUGGAUCCAUCCAAGGAGCUGGAGUGCAAGCUCAAAAGCAUCACGGUGUCGGCGCUGCCCUUCCUGCGCGAGAACGACCUGAGCAUCAUGCACAGCCCCUCGGCCUCCGAACCCAAGCUCCUCUUCUCGGUGCGCAACGACUUCCCGGGAGAAAUGGUCGUGGUGGACGACCUGGAGAACACCGAGCUGCCCUACUUCGUGCUGGAGAUCUCAGGGAACACGGAGGACAUCCCCCUAGUACGCUGGAGGCAGCAGUGGCUGGAGAAUGGCACUUUGCUCUUUCACAUCCAUCACCAAGAUGGUGCCCCGAGUCUUCCUGGGCAGGACCCGACGGAAGAGCCCCAGCAUGAAUCAGCCGAAGAGGAACUGAGGAUCCUGCACAUCUCAGUCAUGGGAGGCAUGAUCGCUCUGCUGCUGUCCAUCUUGUGUCUGGUGAUGAUCCUGUACACCCGGAGGCGCUGGUGCAAACGCCGCCGGGUCCCCCAGCCGCAGAAGAGUGCCAGCGCAGAGGCGGCCAACGAGAUCCAUUACAUCCCCUCGGUGCUGAUCGGGGGCCACGGGCGGGAGAGUCUGCGCAAUGCCCGUGUGCAGGGCCACAACUCCAGCGGCACGCUGAGCAUCCGGGAGACACCCAUCCUGGAUGGCUAUGAGUACGACAUCACAGACCUGCGCCACCACCUGCAGAGGGAGUGCAUGAACGGAGGGGAGGACUUCGCCAGCCAGGUCACACGCACCCUGGACUCCCUGCAGGGCUGCAAUGAGAAGACAGGGAUGGACCUCACACCAGGAAGUGACAAUGCCAAGCUGUCACUGAUGAACAAGUACAAAGAUAACAUCAUUGCCACGAGCCCCGUGGACUCCAACCACCAGCAGGCCACCCUGCUCUCUCACACGUCCAGUAGCCAGAGAAAGCGGAUCAACAACAAAGCAAGAGCCGGUUCCGCCUUCUUGAACCCUGAAGGGGAUUCUGGCACAGAGGCAGAAAAUGACCCUCAGCUGACCUUUUACACUGAUCCCUCUCGCAGCCGGAGGCGCAGUCGAGUGGGUUCUCCCCGGAGUCCUGUGAAUAAGACCACCUUGACCCUGAUCAGUAUCACCAGCUGCGUCAUCGGCCUCGUGUGCUCCUCUCACGUCAGUUGCCCUCUCGUUGUCAAAAUCACGCUGCAUGUUCCCGAGCACCUGAUUGCUGAUGGGAGCCGCUUCAUCCUGCUGGAGGGCAGCCAGCUGGAUGCCAGUGAUUGGCUGAACCCUGCCCAAGUGGUGCUCUUCUCUCAGCAGAACUCCAGUGGGCCCUGGGCCAUGGACCUCUGUGCCCGGCGGCUCCUGGACCCCUGUGAACAUCAAUGUGACCCCGAAACUGGUAGGCAGGAGCACCGGGCAGCGGGCGAGUGCCUCUGCUACGAAGGGUACAUGAAGGAUCCAGUCCACAAGCACCUUUGCAUUCGGAAUGAAUGGGGGACAAACCAGGGGCCUUGGCCUUACACAAUAUUUCAGCGAGGCUUUGACCUGGUUUUGGGAGAGCAGCCCUCUGAUAAAAUAUUCAGAUUCACCUACACCCUGGGCGAGGGCAUGUGGCUGCCCCUCAGCAAGAGCUUUGUGAUCCCGCCAGCAGAACUGGCCAUCAAUCCCUCCGCCAAGUGUAAGACCGACAUGACCGUGAUGGAGGAUGCCGUGGAGGUCAGAGAGGAGCUGAUGACUUCAUCCUCCUUUGACAGCCUGGAAGUUCUCUUAGACUCCUUUGGGCCAGUGCGAGACUGCAGCAAAGAUAACGGGGGCUGCAGUAAGAACUUCCGCUGCAUUUCCGAUCGCAAGUUGGACUCCACUGGUUGCGUGUGCCCAGCCGGACUCAGCCCCAUGAAGGACAGCUCGGGCUGCUAUGACCGCCACAUCGGGGUGGACUGCUCAGAUGGCUUCAAUGGCGGCUGUGAGCAGCUGUGUCUCCAGCAGAUGGCGCCCUUCCCGGACGACCCCACCCUGUACAACAUCCUCAUGUUCUGCGGGUGCAUCGAGGAUUACAAGCUUGGUGUGGAUGGACGCUCUUGCCAGCUCAUCACAGAGACCUGCCCAGAGGGAGGCGACUGUGGAGAGAGCAGGGAGCUUCCCAUGAACCAGACUCUCUUUGGGGAGAUGUUCUUUGGUUACAACAACCAUUCCAAGGAAGUGGCCUCUGGACAGGUGCUGAAAGGAACAUUCAGGCAAAACAACUUUGCUCGUGGUAUCGACCAGCAACUGCCAGAUGGGCUUGUGGUGGCCACUGUCCCCUUGGAGAAUCAGUGCUUAGAAGAAAUCUCCGAGCCCACCCCGGACCCCGACUUCCUGACUGGGAUGGUGAACUUCAGUGAAGUGUCUGGGUACCCCGUGCUGCAGCACUGGAAGGUCCGGUCGGUGAUGUACCACAUCAAACUCAACCAAGCGGCCGUCUCUCAGGCCUUCAACAAUGCCCUUCAUUCCCUGGAUGGGGCCACGUCUCGUGCGGACUUUGUGGCCUUGUUGGGCCAGUUUGGCAACCAUUACAUCCAGGAAGCUAUCUAUGGCUUUGAGGAGUCCUGUUCCAUCUGGUACCCAAAUAAGCAAGUCCAGCGGCGACUUUGGCUGGAGUACGAAGACAUCAGUAAAGGCAACUCCCCAUCUGAUGAGUCGGAGGAGCGGGAAAGAGACCCCAAGGUGCUGACGUUCCCAGAAUACAUCGCCAGCCUGUCCGACUCUGGCACCAAGCGAAUGGCAGCCGGAGUCCGCAUGGAGUGUCAGAGCAAAGGGCGAUGUCCCUCAUCUUGCCCCUUGUGUCAUGUGACAUCCAGCCCUGACACGCCUGCUGAACCUGUCCUGCUGGAGGUGACCAGAGCAGCCCCCAUCUAUGAACUGGUGACCAACAAUCAGACCCAAAGGCUCUUACAGGAGGCCACCAUGAGCUCCCUCUGGUGCUCGGGCACUGGAGACGUCAUUGAGGACUGGUGUCGCUGCGACUCCACCGCUUUCGGGGCUGACGGACUCCCCACCUGCGCACCGCUCCCACAGCCUGUGCUGAGACUCUCCACGGUUCAUGAGCCCAGCAGCACCCUCGUGGUCCUGGAGUGGGAACACUCAGAGCCACCAAUCGGGGUGCAGAUUGUGGACUACCUCAUCCGUCAAGAGAAGGUCACCGACAGGAUGGACCACUCUAAAGUGGAGACAGAAACAGUGUUGAGUUUCGUGGACGACAUCAUCUCUGGAGCAAAGUCCCCUUGUGCCAUGCCAUCUCAGGUGCCAGACAAGCAGCUCACCACCAUCUCUCUCAUCAUUCGAUGCCUGGAACCCGACACCAUUUACAUGUUUACCCUGUGGGGCGUGGACAACACGGGCCGGCGCUCCAGGCCAAGCGACGUGAUUGUGAAGACCCCGUGUCCCGUGGUGGACGAUGUCAAAGCCCAAGAAAUAGCAGAUAAGAUCUACAAUCUCUUCAAUGGCUAUACCAGCGGGAAAGAGCAACAGACUGCCUACAACACCCUCCUGGAUCUGGGUUCCCCCACUUUACAUCGAGUUCUCUACCACUAUAACCAGCACUAUGAGAGUUUUGGAGAAUUCACAUGGCGGUGUGAGGAUGAGUUAGGCCCCAGGAAAGCUGGCCUCAUCCUCUCCCAGCUCGGAGACCUCAGCAGCUGGUGCGACGGACUCCUUCAGGAGCCCAAGAUCGGCUUGCGCCGCAGCGCGCUCAAGUACCUGGGCUGCCGCUACAGCGAGAUCAGGCCCUACGGACUCGACUGGUCAGAGCUCAGCCGGGACCUCAGGAAGACUUGUGAGGAGCAGACCCUGAGCAUCCCCUACAAUGACUACGGGGACAGCAAAGACAUCUGACAGCACGGGGCCAGCGAGUGGCUGCCAAACUGGGGCAGGAGAGCGGAGGGGGACAUCUGGGUUGGUUUGUGGGUUUUUAUCAUUUUUCAAUGGAACAUCGAAAGCUCCAGAGAUGACACCUACCCCAGGGAGGAAGGGGUCCUUUCUCCUUGCGAACUUCUUCAGUCUGAUGCGCUCCAUCGGCACGAUCCGUAAGCCCGCCAGGCAGUGGCUUCAUGCAGCACCAUUUUUUCCUUAGAGGGUUACUUUGGGACUUGUUUUGGUGUUAAUUUGUUUCAUCCUUCUUUUUUUUUAACCCCCAAGAGUCCUGUCAAAAUGCUCAAGAGUUCUGUCAUACUCCCACAAAGGUUCCACCUGGCUGAGGCACCUGCUCUUACUGAGUUCCUGAGUCCAUUGCAACUGGGGACAGAGGCCAAGCUGGAGAGCUAGGCCUGCACCGGGCCUGACCUCAGGCCUUCCUUGGGAAGCCUCUGGCUCUGGGAGCCUCAGCCCUGCUCACAGAGGAAGACGAAAAGCAAACUGGGGGACUGGCCCUUGUGUGUGCAUCGCGGUUUCCCCCAGGCCUUCCUCCACCCCUCAAAGGUGAAACCUCGCCUCCGUGAUCGCCCAGUGGGCCUCCUGGGUUUCUAGGUCUCCCAUUUUAAGCCAGGACUAGGAUCAAAUCUCCCUCAAUGGGGCUCUGCUCUGCCUUCUGAACACCAUUAUCUUUCAGCAGUGACAAGAUGCCCCCUGUGAAAUCUCCUGGAAGGAGGCGUUCCUAAGUGGCAAUCAGAUGUCACUGCCAAGUGCACCUUCAGAGACGUCUCCCUGGGAGACUAGCUGGCAGUUCACAACCUACUGAAGUAAGCAGAGUGCAGCAUUUAAACAAACAACAAACAAACCCAUGCCUCCUUUGAAAGGACCUCUUCAGACCACUAACGUGCACCCCAGCGCCUGCCCCUCACCCGGCAGGUGAGGCUGGGUUCAUGUUUGGUCGGGUCCAAGAGGGGCUGGCACGUCCAUGUCAGUGUUUCGGUGAACCAGAGCUGUUAUUGAUCUCCAGAAAGGUCUGUCCUCUCCCUCCCCUUGCUAAACUUGCUGAGUUGCUGGUUUUGCCAGUGGUUUCCCUGAGGACCAUCAGCGGGAGGGUGCCGCAGAGGUCGCCACCUUCUGGCUGCUGGCAUAGCAGAGUUUCUGUGCAGCCAAUCAGCGCUGAGCCACAGCCCCACCCACUGCCUGAGCAUGGCACAGAGGCCCAGCUAAGGGGAAGCCAGCCCUCCAGAAACAAGCCCCUGGGGCCAUGUCGGCCAUCAAUGGCCUUAAAUGCCCACACCUCACUUUCAGCCACCCUUGCUUUGUCUGGGACCCCUCAUGUGGAAACCCACGACAGAGGUCAGAAAGGAGGUGCAGGACGUAUGAGAUGAACCUGAUUGACUUUUCCUAACUGGGAAUCAGGACAGACAACAGUUUUGGGGGGGCACUCUGGAUAUCCUUGAAUCCCACAACAACCCCCUGGGGAAAGUGGUAUUCUUGUCAAGGUCUCAGUGAAGAGGAAACCGAGGCAGAGAGGCGAUGCGGCUUAUCCCUGUCCUUCGAGUGCUGUGUGCUGAGCCACAGUGUGAGUCCAGGCUGUUGGACUCCAAGGCACUGGGUCUAGCAGCCCCUGAGCCUUACCGCUCCUCGGGACUGUUGCUCAAAGCACUCAGCCGUCCCAGCUCUGAGCUCCACGGGGACCUCCCCAGAGGGCUACACCUUUCCCAAGCACCAUGGCGCAGAUGUGGCCACUGUGCAGUGGAACAGGGAGGAGCCGUGGAGCAAGCACCUUUGACCCGCAGCUCUGUAGCCCAUGCCUCUCACCAGUGAUGGGAACAAGCUAGGAUGGGGCGGAAGGCCCAGACUCGCCUCCAUCGCUCUCCUCUUCUUUCCAGAGAAACCUUGAAUGAUGUACUUCAUUCUUCCUAAUGCCAGGGCCUCAGAGACGCCCCUCCUUCCAGAGCAGAGAACAUGGCUGCCCACCUGGGGUGGAUGAGGGCCCUCAGGUAAAGUGCCUCCAAAGCAAUUGUCCACCACUGCCACGGGAGAGGAUGCCACGGGCCGAGGCCAUGCUUCUGUUCAAGUCUGUGCAGAAGACGGCAUCUUGACUUGGAGUAGCAGGACAGCGAGGCCACCGGCACCUUCCUGCCCAGCAGUGGGGAGACAGGAGCUGACGGCAGGAGGGAGGCGGGGAGUGGCACGGAGCCACCCUGUGUUACCCCUUCCCCCUUCCUGUUUUUAUUUUGUAAAGGCACACUACCUUCCUCUCUCCUUCCUUCGUCCUUGUUCCCUGCUCAACCCUGUCCCUCCACCUCCUUUUUGUCCCCUUUACCUUUGUCCCCUCCCUUUGCUUUUUCUGGGCUUCCUCCUUUCCCCUUCCCCAGGAUUCUUUUCCUUCUUCAGUGGCCUCUUGUGUUCCCCGGACUACACAUGCCUGUCCACACCCCCCCAGCACACCCACACACACCCACACACGCUGUCCACACACCCCUGUGACUGGGUCCAAUUUACUUUCAAGUUUAAAAGGCCAACACAGAUGGGGUGUGGGUUGUCUUGGGAAGGGCAUACAAAUAACUGGAGGCUUCUCCCUGGGAGGACACCCGACCACUCCUUGCCAGUGUUCCUCAGUGCUUGCCCCGAGGCACCCAUCCUGGCUAGAAAGGGUGACGGGUACCGAGCCAGUAUUAGACCUCAAGUUUCCAAGGUGCCAACAGCUCUCAUGGAGUCCCUCUGCCCGGUGACACUUCCAGCUCCAUGUCCCUUUGAGAUCUCUGCUGUUUUCCUCCCUAAUGUACAUGAACCACUGUAAUAGCAUAGAUCUUGAAUGGAGUGUGCAAUUGUUUUCCACGGAGUUUGGUCCAUUGUUAUUUUUAGUUAACUGCAUUUCUUGAUAUUCAAUUGUUCUAUUUAAAAAAAAAAACCAAGUGUGGAAAGAAACACUUUACUACUGUAGAAGGAAGAAAGAAUAUAAUGUGACCAUCUUCAAGUAUAACAGUGUUGUUUGAAAGAGAAUUAUUGUAUGAUUAUAAAAAUGAAGUAAUCAACUAAAUAAUAAACAAAGCUGUUAGUA